AUGGGCCACGGCGCGGGCGACUCUGCACCCACCCGCACGCCUGACCAACGCGUAACGCGAGCCAGCGCCGCGAGCGGCGACCCCACGGCGCCGCCCAUCCAGCAGGGGGCGACGCGGGCCGGCCGCGGCUCGCAGCCAGCGCUGAGGCAGGAGCAGAGCAGCGCCCCAGGCCCGGCCCUGCGCGGCCGCACGGCAAAGCGCCACACGUCCCAGGACAGGGGGGAGACGGCGCAGGAGCGGGACCAGCAGCUGGGUGGGGAGAAGGGGGAGGGCCGGCAUCAAGCGGGGGAUCAACAGCAGGCCGAACCCGAGCGGCAGCUCCGCCGGCGGGAGCAGCUGCCCAGGCGGGCCUCCUCUCGGGAGCCCGUGGCAGCCCCUGGAUCGCAGCAGCAGCAGCAGCAGCAGCAGCAGCAGCAGCAGCAGCAGCAGCAGCAGCAGCUGCAGCAGCAGCAACUACACCGGCCUGCACUGCGAACCACACCGGGGCGGCAGCAUAUGGGGCCGCUGCAACAUGAUGGGCAAUCUGCGGUGGUGGUGGUUGCCAAGCCAGCUGAGCUGCAGUCACAUGGGGCGCGUGUGUUGCCCCAAGAGCAGCAGCAGCAGCCGCCACAGCAGCAGCAGCAGCACCAGCAGCAGCAGCAGCAGCAGCAGCAGCAGCCGGCUGCCACCCGGCAUCAGAGCGCCCGCUCGCAGCCGACGCGGCGGACGCCGCCGCCGACGCGAUCGGCCACUCAUCACCAGCAGCAACGGCAGCAGCAGCAGCAGCAGCAGCAGCAGCAGCAGCAGCAGCAGCAGCAGCAGCAGCAGCAGCAGCAGCAGCUAGAGCAGCAGCAGCAGCAGGAGCAGCAGUCAACAGCGCCCUCCGUGGAAACUCCCGCGGAGCCUGUCGACGCCGCCUCCCACGACGGAGACGCGCAGGCCGCCGCGCCCGCGCCCUCGCGCGCCCGAAGCCGCAGCGCGCGCCACGCGGGCCCCUUGUUCGCCGCCGAGGCCGUCGGCCGCCGCUGCGCCAUCCUCCGCUGCUCGCGCGGCGCGGCGCGUUCGAACUGGUGGGAGCAUGCGAAGGUGGUCGGGUGGGACGAGGCGCGGCAGCAGCACAAGCUGCUGUACAUGACGGACGGCAGGUCUGAGGAGUGGCUGUCACUGUCAGACGUCAAGUUUCGGUGGGAGGGCCCGCCGCCGCCGGGCGCGGCGCCCAACCCGUCGCACCGGCCCGAGGUGCGGCGGGAGGCGGCGGUGGGGCGGCGGCUGCGGCUAUACUGGCCGGCGAUGCAGCGGUGGUACAUCGGGCAGAUCAAGGAGUAUGACCCGGCCACGGACCGCCACACGAUCUGGUACCGCGACGGCGACGCGCAGCUGCUGCGCCUGCGGGACGAGCCGCUGGAGUGGCUUGACGACGGCGACGCCGCGCAGCCGCAGCAGCCGCACCCAGAGCCAGAGCCGUGCGCGCCCCCGACGGCGGCGGUGGCGGCGCCCGACGCGCCGCGACGGCGCGAGAGCGGCGGCGGCGGCGGCGGCGGCGGUGGCGGCGGCAGUGGCGGCGGUGGUGGCGGCGGCGUGCGGGCCGAGGCGGCGGCGCUGAUGGCGAGCGCGUUCGCACAGACGCCGCCUGGCGUGCUGCGGCAGCUGCAGCAGCAGCGCGCGGCACUCCUGGGAAAGCGGCUGCGCGAUGGCGGCGAGGGCGGCGGCGGUAGCGACGCGGCGGCGAAGCGCCGGCGCGCGCAGCGCGGGUGGCCGCACCACCACGCGCGCCCGGCGGCGUCGGCCGCCGCAGCGGCCUCGCGGGCGCCCAUUGUGGAGCACCCGAGCAAGCCGUUGCUCGUUGGGUGCCGCGUCGGCGUGCACUGGCGGAUGGACGGGGCUUGGUACCGGGGCAAGCUCACCAGCUUCAGCCCGAGCAGCGGCAAGUUCACCAUAAAGUACGACGACGGCCAAACAGAGCAGCUGCACCUCGAGCGCGAGCGCAUCCGGUGGCACGCGCCUCGCGCGGCGAGCGCGGGCUACUCGCCCGCCCGCCACGCGGCCAUGGCAGCGCUGGGCGUAGACGGCGUCGCGGCGGCGCCCGCAGCGGCGCCGGCGGCGGCGGCGGGCGCGCGGGCGCCGCCUGGGGCGGCGGGGGAGAUGGUCGGGUGGCGGGUGCGGCUGUGGUUUGGCGGCGACGGCACCUGGCACGAGGGCGAGGUCCUGUCCUAUGACCCUGCGCGCCGCCUGCACCACAUCCUGUACCUGGACGGGGAGCACGAGUGGGCAGACCUGGGGCAGGAGGCGCUGCAGUGGGACGCACCGCCGCGCCCCGGCGGCGCAGUCAGCGCAGGCGUCAUCCGAGCCGAGGACAUCCCCCGUGGCCGGGACGCGGUCGGCUGGCGCGUGGCCGUGUACUGGCGGGAUGAGGGGGCAUUUUUUGAGGGCCAGGUGGUGGACUAUGAGCCCUCCACUGGGCGCCACAGGGAGUGA